UGAACUUGAAGCUAAGUUUAUUGGGUGUUUGGUUUAUUAUGUUUCAAGGGACAAAGAGGAUGAACAGAGGAACACAGGACGAGGAGCAGUGGGUUUUCGCGAAGAACGAUGCAGAUGAAACCGAUUCGUACGUUCACAGAAGUAGCAGCCCCAAUCACGCUUUCCUCUUUCCUUCCUUCCUCAUCUUCUUCUUCCUUUCAAUUCAAACUCAUCAUCAGGUACAAACACCUCUCUCUCUCCUCCAUUCCCUCCUUGUUCCUCCUUUGCGUGUGUCCUGGCUCUACAAACUAGAAAGAAACAAACCUCCCACGUUCCUAGUUCUCGAGACUGUUCAGAUGUAAUCCAGACCAUCAUGUUGUUCCUCGGAAAAGAGCGAAACUGCCCUUUCUCUCUCUGUCUGUGUCUGUGUCUCUGUCUCUCUCUCCAUCCCUCCCUCUCUCAAUAUCCAUCUUCUUCUUCGUUCCGAUUUUGAUCCCGUAAAAGCCUAGUAGAAACCUUUUUUUCUAUUUUCUUCUUCGUUUUAUUUUAUUGAGGCCUUGAGGGUACGUUACAUAUCUUUCUUUCUCAGGAAAAAGGAAAAGAAAAGAAUUAUUUGUUUGUUUUAUUUUUUCCCCCUCUGAUGACGAUGGGUAUGUGUUAGGAAAAAGCAUACUCUUCCUUAAAAGAGCCAAACCGAACCCUACCUCACUUCUCUUGUAUCAAACGCAUUACUUGAAAAAGAUAUAGUUGCCUUAGCUUAUAAUAUACAUACACAACUCAUGGCCUCUUCUUCUCGCUCUAUCAACCACAACCAAUUCCUCAAAUACAUCGAUGAAGAAAGAGGACCAAAAGGUGCAAUACAAGAGAUUGAUGAAGAAGAAGAAGAAGAAGCAGAAGAAGACGAUGAUGAUAACGAAGAAGACGAAGAAGACGACGACUUGCUGCAGCUGAAAUUGGGGUCAGGAUCUGCUACAACCUUAUGCAGGAAAAGAGUGGGUAAUAAUAAUGGUGAAUCAAACCCGGUAGUUCCAAGAUCUGGCUCACUAGGGUUAGGGUUAGGGUUAAAAUUAUGGCCCAACAUGGAGCAGGAAAGUUCAGAAAUGGCAGGUGUGGAGGAAGUAGCAAGAAGAUUUAUUGGGAGGUUACCAUCAUGGCAAAUGGAUCCUCAGGAUUGGUAUAAACCCAGUCCACCAGCUCAUAAUUCUCAUCAUUUCUCCCACACAAAUCCCCACCACUCUGGUUUGUGGUUUACGCUACACUCUUCUACCAACCAAAGAGGAGAAGCUUUACCUCAGGUGCCAAAGGCGUACAUUAGAGUGAAGAACGAAAACAUGACGAUCUUCAUGGUUAAGAAGUAUCUGGUUACAAAACUUGGUCUCUUCAACGAAAAUGAGGUUGAGAUUUUAUGCAUGGGACAGAGAUUGUUGAAUGUUCAAAGCUUGAAGGUGGUGAGGGACGCCAUUUGGAUUCCUGCACUUGUUGACUCUUUAAACGCAGCAUCAUCUAUAUCAUCAUCACUAGCAGAUUCAUCAUGUGGCAUGUCUGCCCCAAAUUUAAUGCCAUUACUUUAUCAAAAAUAUAUUAUUUCAAAUAACUCAAAUCAUUUGUAGUUAAUUACUAGGCCUAAUUAUAAUUUUGUCUCUCUCACCAAUCUAUUUUAUUAAUCGAACUACGUAUGCUUUAGAUAUUUCUUUAUCUUCAUAUAAUGUAAAAGCAGUGCCCUCUCGACUAUAUAUAUGCUUUUUUGUAAGCCGUUUCCCUGAUUAUGUUAAUUAUUACUAUUAUUUUAGC